AUGGCGAAGCUUACAGACCUUCCGCCAGAAACCCUGCUCACGAUCACGUCGUUCAUCUGGAGUGGCCUGCCCGCGAAAAAACGCCUUUUCGAUGCUAGCAUCAGCAAAGAGAAGCAUGCUCUCGCAAAGAGCCUCAAUCGCGAGGGGCUUUCCGUGAUCAACCUUGCGAGCACCUGCAAAUACCUUCACCGGGUCUUGGCAGCAGACAAAUACCGAUUCGUUAGCAUCCCCAGAUGCAACAGCGCCCAGAAAUUGCUCUCUCUCCUACGGCUCAUCCGUAUACGACCUGAGAUUGGCGAUCACGUCCAGCAGCUACGUCUUCAACUCUCCGUGCUCCCCUAUGGCCAUACCUCGGUCAGCUACGAGCAGCUGCGUUCCCUGAAGGCCUGGGCGGCAACGAUCGGGAUUACGAUCGCGGACGAAACCUGGGUAGGCGCCAUAAAGUACGACAAUGAAACAGAUAACUCGUUGAUCGGAGCGAUGGAAUACGAGGAGACGUGUAUUGCUAUCCUGUGCGUCAUGCUUUUCUACUAUCUCCGCAACGUCGAGGAGAUCACCUUCGCGACUUCACACGAUUUCUGUAACGCCAUUCGCUGCCAGCUUCAAGAUAGUCAUCUGGAACCCAUGCAGGAAUCACCGGCAGUGGGUCGCCUCCCAUCUCUUAGAUCUCUGGCAUUCGAACCCGCUUCACCCUCGUCUAGUCAGGGCAAUCGAUUUGACCCUUUCGACAUCGCCGAAAUGGCCACAAUAUCGAGUAGCAUCUCGGACAUCUACCUUCGUGGACUUACCCUAUACUCUGAAGGAUUUCGUGAUUGUCCGAAAGCGUACCUCCGAAGCAUCAUCCUGCAGGAUAUUUGUAUUGCGAGGGGAGCAUCGUCGUUUUAUGACUUUUUGCAGUCGUGCAAAAAUCUGAGAAGAUUCAUCCAAGUGGCGACUGACGACUUUUACCAACAGACCUGGAGCCACCCACCCUGUCCCCCCAAGAUUCAGAGAGUAUUACGGGGAAGCCGAAGAUCGCUUCAGACGCUGUGCUUUUAUUGCUUCCCCUUCCGUUGGAUUGACCAAAACGACAUGAUUUUCGAGUCUUUUGAGGCCUUCAAGGUCUUAGAGAACUUGUGGGUGGACGCUUGGAGCUGCGGAUGGGCGGUCAAAGACAACGUCGAAAAUGAACUCGAUGUCGAGUCCGAGUCCAACUUCGAGGAGGAGUCUGUGUCGCCGGCUGCGGCUGUCACUUUGAUUCGGACGCUCCCCUCUUCUCUCCGGCGCCUUCACAUUUACGGCCCUGUUGACCGCAUUUACAACAGCUUGAGAUGGCUGGCAGGCCACUGCCGGGACGGGAUGAUGCCUCACCUCAAAGAAAUCGCCUUUGAUGAUUUGGAGUCCACAAUGGCCACUGAGAAGCUAAAGGUCAUGUUCAGGGAGGCGGGGGUCAGGACUUGCAGUGUGGACAUGGAUCCGAUAUCGUGGUGA